UUACUUCCGGCAUGUGUACGGUCUGGCAGCACCGCGACAAGAACAACCAGCUGUGCGGGUGCUAAAAUUCUAUUGCGCAACGCUGAAAUUCUAAACACUCGCCUCGCCACACACAACUUAACUGACACCCGCUCAAAAUGCAGGGCCCAAUUCAAAGGUUGGUGUACACAUUCGGUCAGCGCACCUGUAGCCAAUUGCCGAUGAUCGGCUCAGCAGCGAUAUCCAACACAAAACCAACAACAAUGGCCCUCUCCGUCCGCCAAUCCUCCUCCUCCGUGCUGGCCACGGAGUCCUCCAACAAGGGAAUGAUUAUUCUGAAUCGUCCCAAGGCGCUUAACGCCAUUAACUUGGAGAUGGUACGUAAGAUCUACAAGCACCUGAAGAAGUGCGAGAAGUCCAAGUCGCUGGUGAUCAUCAAGGGCACAGGUGAAAAGGCCUUCUGUGCCGGUGGAGAUGUGCGUGCUCUGGUCGAGGCGGGACCUACGGAUGAAUCAAAGAGCUUCUUCCGGGAGGAGUACAGCACGAAUGCCCUGAUCGGAAACUAUAAGAUUCCCUAUAUCGCCAUCAUCGACGGUAUUACUAUGGGCGGUGGCGUGGGUCUGAGUGUGCACGGCAAGUACCGUGUGGCCAGCGAUCGGACGCUGUUCGCCAUGCCCGAGACGGCGAUUGGCCUCUUCCCGGAUGUGGGUGGAUCACACUUCCUGCCUCGACUGCAGGGAAAGUUGGGCCUUUACCUGGGUCUCACUGGAUAUCGACUGCGCGGAGGCGAUGUCUUUUACUCGGGCAUUGCCACGCACUAUUGCGAGAGCAGCAAGAUCCCCGAUCUCGAGACGGCGCUGCUUAACUGCCCGGAUGCGGAUGAUGUGCCUGAGCUGCUGCAGAAGUACCAUUCCACGCCAGAAAAGCCCUUCUCGCUGCAGCCUGUCCUGGAGCAGAUUAACAAGAACUUUUCGGCGGAUUCGGUGGAGGGGAUUCUGGAGAAUCUCCAGAAUGACGGCAGUGAAUGGGCCAAGAAAACGCUUGAGACCCUCUCGAAGAUGUCUCCCACCUCGAUGAAGGUUACAUUCCGUCAGCUAGAGCUCGGAUCACAGCUAUCUUUGGCUCAGUGUCUUAUUAUGGAGUAUCGUCUGGCCGUGCGUCACUUGGAGCGCAGUGAUUUCAAGGAAGGUGUUCGCGCUCUGCUCAUCGACAAGGAUCAGAAGCCCCAGUGGCAGCCAACUAAGCUGGCCGAUGUUACAGAGGAGCAUGUGCAGUGGUUCUUCCGCAAGCUGCCGGAUACCGAGGAACUCAAGCUGUAAUGUAGCAACCUAGUUUUGUUUUUGUUUGAGCCUAGCAAACCUGUUUGUCUUCCGUUGAGCCGCUCAUUAUUAUAUACACACAACUAAACAUCUCUGUAUAUAGCUAUGCAAGUUUGAGUUACGUUAUGCAUGGUUCCUUGCCUGCCGUUUUGCAAUAUUCUUUUAUAUAUCUUUACCGUUCUGUGGCCACAGUUUGAUGAGCUCUGUCGGCUAAUUUUCCGCAAUCUCUUCUCUGUUUCAUUCCAACAGCGAAUAACUUCGAGGAAGAGUCCUAUUCGCCGGUAUUUACCAAUAACGAUUGUGAAAUUCAAUGCAUUUAUAUAUAUGAUAUACAUAUAUGCCUAUAUAUAUUAUAUACAAUUCGUAGUCCUAAUACAAUCAAUAAUUGUGCCUAAAGAAUCGUUAGAAUUCGUUUACCAAGAAUAAAAAGAAGUGUAUACUUUUAAUAACUGA